AUGUUGAACCGCGUGCUCUCCGUGGCAGUGGCGCGGCGCGCCAGCUGCUCCGAGCCGUGCUCGUCCGCACCCAGUUCGCCGUCCACGGCUCUCUCGGACAGCAGCGCGCUGCCCGUUGAGUUCGACGCCAUUUGCAACGACGGCAGCCACAGGGAGUGGAGCAACCUCCACACCCGCAUUUACCGCCAAGUCACCUCGCCCGUCCUCAGCCCCAUCCUGCGGCUGGCCCUGGAGAAGGACAUGCCCACCAACUACACGAUGCUCCUCAUGCGCGCAGCCAACAAGGCGUUCGGCGUGCCCAACCACAACGACGACUGGGUGGCCCCCCUGUUCCUCAAGGCCCUCAUGCCAAAGGAGGCGAAGGAGAUCGAGGGCCGCCCCACCCUCUACGCCCACUUCCGCCGCGCACUGUUUGACCUCCCGGGGGUGGGCGUGCCGGGCAUGGUGGCGUUCCUUGAUGGCCGCACGCAGUGGUUUGACGAGCGCGUGCGCGUCGCGCUGGACGCCGGCGUUCGGCAGGUCGUCGUGCUGGCCGCCGGGUUCGAUUCCACCGCCUACCGCUUUGCCCGCCCCGGCGUCAAGUUUUUUGAGCUCGACCUGCCCCAUGCGUCGCAGCGCAAGCGGGAGCUCGUGGACGCGUGCCUGCCAGACAGGGGCGCGCACCUGAGGCCGGCGUACAUCGCCGCUGACCUGGCGGCGGUGCCGCUGGGGGAGGCGCUGGCGGGCAGCAGGUUCGACCCGGCGGCGCCGACGCUCUGGCUGGCGCAGGGGCUGACCUACUACCUGCCGCCCGCCGCGUUCGGCGGCAUGCUCGCCUCCAUCCGCGCCCUCUCCGCGCCCGGCUCGAGCCUCGCCUUCGACUUCAUACGCCUGGACGCGCUCUCGGGCCGCGCCUUCACCGGCGGCCUAGAGGUAAUGGCCCUGGGCGUGGCCGCCAGGGGGGAGCCCUUCCUGUCCGCCGUCGACGACAGCCCCGCGGCGGUCGCGGGGCUGGCAAAGAUGUUUGGCUUCCGCUGCCGGCAGAGGCUGGGCGCGCGGGGGCUGGCGCGGCGGUUCCUGCCCCACCUGACCGGGCACUCUUGGUGGCCCGAGGUGCAGCCGUGCUUCGCCUUUGCGGAGUUUGCGGUCGGCGCGUAA